AUGGCAGAAUUCAGAAAAACAAGACGAUCAGAAGUUGCAAUAGAACACAAACAGGACGAGCUGACCGGAUUAGAGAUGAACUUCCAGGGACUGCGACUCGUGAGCAGGGACAUCCUGCGCCUGUCGCACCUCAAGACGCUGAUUCUGAACAACAACGAAAUUGAGUCCAUUUCGGCUGAAAUAUGCAGAAUUCAGACAUUGGAGGUGCUGAAUCUCGGAUUCAACCGAAUCACGCGGAUUCCGCCUGAAUUGGGAAGACUGGUCCACCUGAAGGAGCUCUACCUGAACGACAACCUCGUGACUGAGGUGCCUAUGGAAAUUGGAACCCUUUACAGACUCGAGAGCUUCAACAUCACGAAUAAUCCCCUCAUAAGCCCCUACAACACGAUGGCAAAGGACAAGUCCCUACUUCGCUUCUGUAGGGAGAAUAACACGAACUACAAGCAGCCAAAUGACCGUGCCUGGAUUGACACCAUCAUGAAGGCUGAGUCUGUGCUUGAGACGUAUUCAGUUGGGACAUUCAACAUGCUCUGUGGCUUCUACGCCACUCAGCUGACGUAUGCGCCCAGUUGGGUCAUAAAUCUCGAAUGCAGGAAGGACAUUUUGAUGCAAACAAUUGUCGCCUACAAUUUGGAUAUCGUCUCGUUACAGGAAGUUGACGUGGGCGUAUUCAACUCAUUUUACAAGGAGAAUCUCUCCAAGAAGUUGGACUACGACGGAGUCAUGCUGCCCAAGAAGUCGUACGAUCCAAACACAGACGGGUUCAAGAAGCUCUACGGCCAGGCCACGUUCUGGAAACGAAGCAAAUUCAGACUCGUUGAACAGAUCAAUAUUGAUUUGCAGGCGAAAAUAAUGGGAGACAAAAGAUUCAAGUAUCUGAGUGACGUACACACGCGACUGACGAAUAAGACGAAUAUGGGACUGAUCACGGUGUUGGAGACCACCACUACCAGUACGACAAUAAUUGUGGCCAAUGUGCAUCUUUACUACAAUCCAGAAUUCACUGAUGUGAAAGCAAUUCAACUGAUGGUGUUUUUUGAGGAGGUUGAAUUUGUGAAGGAAAAGUACAAAAACAGUCGUGUGAUAUUUCUAGGCGAUUUCAAUACGCUCAAGAAGACGGUGCUCUACGAAUACGUCACAAACAGAAAAAUGGAUGGGGCCGUCUUCGAACCCUACGACUACGGGACACUGAAUGACGGCAUCGCCCACAAUCUCAGGCUCAUGGACGCAUACGAUGGGCAGGAGAUCACAUUCACCAACUUCACGCCAACAUUCAAAGAGGUCAUUGACUACAUCUUCUACUCUGAUGGACUGAGUCUCACAAGUGUCAUAUCACCAGUCGAAGACGAAUACACGGCCAAGACAAUUGGACUCCCCAACAUCCACUUUCCAUCAGACCACAUUCUGAUUGGGGCGAAAUUCACUGUAAAAAAACAAAAGAAUUGA